AUGGCGCAGCCUGUCAUAACUGCCGGGGAACGGAGCUCUUCUGAGACGUCAACCUCCUCGCUGAAGGGUUCCCGAACAACUCGUUUCGCGGAAGCAACCAUGGUUCACUCCCCUUCCGGACUUGAGGAUUAUGGAAAGUCCCCCUUCGCAGAUCCAUCCAAGCUAUCGCAGAGCCCCCCUGAUGUGUCUGAUGUCGGCUUUGGAUAUGUAGCUGCAAGCGACCCUGCACAGCAUGCAUCACAUCAUGAUCUUCCGACACCUGGCCCAAAAAGCGUUCUCAAAGUCCCCGGAACCCCAGGUCGCACUCUGAAUCCUUUGAGCCCAACUUUCCGAGAGGAGUUCUUCGUGGAAAAGCAAGAGAAGGUGGCAGAAAAGGAAAAUGCGAGGGACCUGCGUAUCAAAUUGCGUGUCCGGGUGGCCAAGGUAUUCCUCCGCUUCAUCAAUCUUGGUUGCAGUCUCAUCGUCCUUACGAUUUUGGGAACGACGUUGACAGUCUUCAACGCGACAAAAUCGCUUCCUGAGCGGAAUACCUCUCCUCCCUGGGAAUUUGGCACAAACCCAUGGCCGCAAUAUCUGCUGCUAGUGGUAUCAUGUCUCUCCUUGCUUGCCUGUCUUGGCGUCUUCUGGGGCUACUGGAGAGGUGGCCGCAAGCGCGCUCAAAAGUACGCCGCUUACUACUCACUUCUAUCGAUUGGUGUUUUCAUCUUCGACCUGGUGAUGUGGAUUGUCGCGGCGGCGAUCUUCGAACAUUCGAAGGCUACAGGAGACGACAAAGAUCUGUGGGGCUGGUCCUGUGUUCAUAAUGAAAGAGAAGAGCUGUUUGGUGACCAAAUCGACUACGCACUUCUUUGUCGUCUGCAGGAUUGGGGAUUGGUCUGUGCUGUUAUUGAGAUUGUUCUCGAAGUCUUGGUCCUUUUGGUCUAUGCGGCCAUUUUUUACCGGUUCUGGACCAAGAGAAAGCUUGCCAGGUCGAUGGAUCGUCGAGACAGAGCUAGGACGGACUUGUACAUGGCCCAACUUCAGCAGCAAACCGGGCCGAAUACUCCGGGGCUUCCUCCAAUGCCCAAGGCCCCCUUCGUGUCGACCUCGAUUCCCCAGGAUCCUUACUCUGCCGCUGAAAAUGGCGAGAUGUGCGCCCUCCAAUUUGCUACACCACCGAGCCAGGCAAAAUCCCAACCGGCGUUCCAGCUCCAACCGCCUCCAAUUCGGGUGCAGAAUGCAACUCCACAGUUAGCACAGGCGGAAUAUCUCCCACCUAUGUCGGCCCCAGAUGCCCCUAACCAGCAUAUGGGCGCGGCACCCGGCGAGCAAACCUAUGAAACUGUGCCCAUUCCCGAUGCCUACGCGAGUCCAAUGAGCCCUAGCCUUCCUCAUGGAGCUCAUCAAUAA